AUGGCUAUGCUGGAACCAAGUGGUAGUAUGGAUGAAAUCGAUGGCAAACAACGUGCUGAUACCGUGGACCUUAACGAUAGUGAUUUAGUUAUCGAUAUUUCUGAUGCUUUAAGUGAAAAAGAUAAAGUGAAAUUUACCGUUCAUACAAAAACGAAAUUACCAAAUUUCCAAAAUUCCGAAUUCAGUGUUUCCCGACAGCACGAAGAAUUCAUUUGGUUACACGAUCGUUUCAAUGAAAGCGAAGAGUACGCUGGUUUAAUCAUUCCACCAGCUCCUACACGACCAGAUUUUGACUCAUCUCGUGCGAAGCUACAAAAAUUAAGUGACAGUGAGAGUACACUGACGAAAGAAGAGUAUGACAAAAUGAAACAAGAAUUAGAAGCAGAAUAUUUAGCGAUGUUUAAGAAAACUGUUUCGAUGCAUGAAGUGUUCCUUCAACGACUUGCUGCACAUCCAGUUUUACGAAAUGAUAAUAAUUUCCGGGUGUUUCUGGAAUAUAAAGAAGAUUUAAGCGUUCGUGGUAAAAAUGCUCGAGAACAAAUCAGCGGUUUCUUUAAAACUUUGACGAAAACAGCCGAUGAAGUACUGUUAACUAACCAAAAGGAGAGUGAUGAAUUUUUCGAACGACAAAAACAAUUUCUUACAACUUACAAUACGAAAAUCAAAGAUGCAACUGCUGCUGCGGAUAAAUCUACGCGUACCCAUAAAGCUGUUGCGGAUACAUACAUCAAAGUAUCUGGUGGUCUCAAUACAUUAGCAACAGCCGAUAAAACUGAUCUAUCAAGAUAUCUCCUCCUAUUGGCUGACUUCUUCGAGAAAGCUCGUAAAUUAGAAUCACGUGUUCAAUCAGAUGCCGAUUUGAAAUUAUCGGAUACGUUACGAUACUAUAUGCGAGAUUCGAAAGCUGCAUUAGAUUUAAUGUAUCGACGUUCGCGUUGUUUGGCAGAUUUCGAUACAGCGAACAAAAAUUUAGACCGCGCACGAACGAAAAAUAAGGAAGUUCAACAAGCUGAAGCAGCACAACAAAAUAUUAAGAAAAAGUUCGAAACAAUUUCGGAAAAAGCCAAGGACGAAUUGAAUGAUUUCAAAACGCGCCGCGUACAAAUGUUCCGAAAAAAUCUUGUCGAGUUGACUGAACUUCAAAUAAAACAUACUAAAGCUCAAAUUCAAAUGAUCAAAGGUGUUCUACAACAAUCGGAAACCCUUCCGUAA